CAGGAUGCUGGUCUUGCUGCUGCUACCCCUGCUGUGGGCUGGAUCCCUGCAGCGGCAAGCAGAGUACAAGCUCCAAGUUCCAGAGGUCGUGACGGUGCAGGAGGGGCUGUGUGUCCGGGUGCCUUGUUCCUUCUCCUACCCCAGAAGCAUGGGGCGUUCCAGUCGCCCACUCUUCAUCUACUGGUUCCGAGAAGGAGACAGUGUAUUCUACAGUGACCCUGUGGCCACAAACAACCCAGGCAGAAAAGUGAAGAUGGAGACCAAGGGCAGAUUCCGCCUCCUUGGGGAUACCAAAGCCAAUGACUGCUCUCUGAGCAUCAGAGGUGCCAAGAGGAAUGACAACGGAAGCUAUUUCUUCUAUUUGGAGAAAGGAAAUGUGCAUCGUUACCCAGUCAAUCUGAAAUUGUGGGUGACAGCUCUGACAGAGAAACCUGUCAUCCACAUGGAGCAGCCUCUAAAGGCCGGCCACCCUGCACGCCUGAACUGUAACCUGCCAGGCUCUUGUCUGGGUGGAGAACCUGUCAGUAUCCUCUGGACAGGGGACAUCGUCAACUCCAUGGAGCCUGGGACUCUCUCCAAUUCAGUGCUCACCAUCACCCCACGGCCUCAGGACCAUGACACCAACCUUACCUGCUCAGUGAAACUCCAAGGAACUCAGCUGACCACGAAGAGAACUAUUCACCUCAAUGUGUCCUAUGCUCCACGGGACCUCCACAUCAGCCUCUUCUUCAGAAAUGGCACAGUCUUCAAGAUCCUGCAAAAUGCCACUUCCCUUCCUAUCAUGGAGGGCCAGGCUCUGCAGAUGCACUGUGCUGCAGAAAGCAAUCCUCCUGCUCAGCUGAGCUGGAAUCAAGAGUCUCCAUCCCCAAAUGCCUCCCAUACCUCCAAUAGUGGAAUCCUGGAGCUGCCUCUGGUAGGGCCUGCAGAAGGAGGAGGUUUUACCUGCUGUGCUCAGAAUGCACUGGGCUCCCAAACCAUCUCUCUAAGCAUCUCUGUAGUCUCUCUCCCACAGCUGCUGAGUCCCUCCUGCUCCUGGGAAGCAGAAGGUCUGUACUGCAUUUGUUCCUCCCGAGGUUGGCCGACCCCCUCUCUGCAUUGGAGGCUGAGGGAAGAGCUGCUGAAAGGGAAUAGCAGCAAUACCUCAUUGACAGUUACCUCCAGUUCAGCUGGACCUUGGACCAACAGCUCACUGAAAUUCCACAAGGGACUCAGGUCUGCCCUAUGGCUCAGCUGUGAAGCCCAGAAUGCCCAUGGGGCCAAGAACAGCACUAUGUUGAUCCUGCCAGGGAAAUCGAUGUCUUGCGCAGGAUUCUUGCCGGUCCUCACAGCCCUUGGAGGUGCUGGUGUCAUGGCCCUUCUCUCUGUCUGUCUGUGCCUCAUCAUUUUUUGCAUGAAGAAGGCUUAUGUGCUGCAAACAUCCAGGAGACCAAAGGGCAUGGACCAUGAAGACCCUGUCAUGGGCAUAGAUAACUUGGGUUCCAGCCAGGAGUCCUGGUCAGACAGCCCCAGACACCAGGCAUCUCCUGCAGGGAGUGUUCCUUCCUCAAGGGAAGAACAGGAACUCUACUACGCCUCCCUCACCUUUCAGGGGAUAAAACUUCAAGAGUCUCGGGAGGCCACAGAUAUCACAAAGUACUCAGCGAUCAGGGCAAGCAAGUGAGGACCCUGAUCUGUCCGGGCAGGGGGCUCCACAGACUGUUGU